CCCUCUACCAGAACUUAUGACUGGCUCUUCCUCCUGCCUCUCUGUUUUCCUUUAGUCUUCACAGGGAGACUUCAAAAGCAAGCAUGCUUGGAGCUAACCUCACCAUCAUCCAUCCGACUGUGUUCAUCCUACUUGGAAUCCCAGGACUGGAGCAAUAUCACAUCUGGCUUUCUAUCCCUUUUUGUCUCAUGUACAUCACUGCAGUCUUGGGAAAUGGAGCCCUGAUCCUUGUUGUUCUGAGUGAACACACCCUCCAUGAGCCCAUGUAUGUUUUUCUAUCCAUGCUAGCUGGCACUGACAUUCUCCUGUCAACCACCACUCUACCCAAGGCCUUGGCUAUCUUCUGGUUCCAUGCUGGAGAGAUCCUCUUUGAUGCCUGCAUUACUCAGAUGUUUUUCAUUCAUGUUGCUUUUGUGGCUGAGUCAGGAAUCCUGCUGGCCAUGGCAUUUGACCGCUAUGUGGCUAUUUGUACUCCUCUGAGAUACUCAGCCAUCUUAACUCCCAUGGCAAUUGGAAAAAUGACCCUGGCCAUCUGGGGACGGAGCAUUGGGACCAUUUUCCCUAUCAUAUUCCUGCUGAAGAGGCUGUCAUACUGCAGGACCAAUAUCAUCCCACACUCAUACUGUGAGCAUAUUGGUGUAGCCAGGUUGGCCUGUGCUGACAUCACUGUCAAUAUCUGGUAUGGCUUCUCAGUGCCAAUGGCUUCAGUUUUGGUAGAUGUUGCACUCAUUGGUAUUUCUUAUACUUUGAUCCUCCAGGCUGUGUUCAGACUUCCUUCCCAGGAUGCCAGGCACAAAGCUCUCAACACCUGUGGCUCUCACAUUGGAGUAAUUCUCCUCUUCUUCAUACCAUCAUUUUUCACUUUCCUUACCCACCGCUUUGGCAAGAACAUCCCCCACCAUGUACACAUUCUUCUGGCAAAUCUCUAUGUGUUAGUCCCUCCCAUGCUUAACCCUAUCAUCUAUGGUGCAAAGACCAAGCAAAUUAGGGACAGCAUGAUUCACAUGUUGUCUGUUGUGUGGAAGUCUUGAGAGCGGUCACAGUUCUCAAU